AUGGGUUCCAACAACUAAAAAUAAAACCAACUUCUCAAUAACUAUAAAUUUAUAGUUAAUAAAACAGAUCCUGCAUAUGGAGAUAUUGUUGUCUAUUAAUCUAAUACAGAUUGCUCUGAACUCAUGGCAGUUAUUAAAUUACAAUCUAAUAAACCUGAGCUUUUAUGUCAAUAGAUAAAGUAAUCUUGCAAAAUAAAAUUCUAAGUUAAAGGCUUAAGCACCCUAAUAUAACCUAAAUAUACGAUUGCUCCUAAUCAAGUGUAAAAGAUUUUUGCGGAACUCUUAAUAUUGUUCAUAUUGGAAUUCAAUAUAUACAAAAAAAUCUAUAAAAAGAUUUAGAUAUUCGAAGAAAAUUAAGAACAACGUAUUAUUAAACAAUAAAAUUUAGGUAUUUUGAAGGAGAAUUAUGGUAUCUUAUAAAAACUCUUUGUGAAACAUUAAUCGAUUUAUAAAAUAAUAAAUAGAAAUAUAUUGAUUUACACCCAUAAAAUAUACGUAUAACAGAUGUUGGAUAAAUUAAAUUAUUAGAAUUGAGUUGUACACCAUAAAAUAUAUCAUCAUUUAGAAAAGUUAAAUUAGGACUUAGGGAAUUAGAAUAUUUAUCAUCAGAAGAAUUAUAAGAAUUAAAAGAACCUUAAAAUAAAGUAAAAUAUAUAAAUAAUUUAUAGUUAAAUUUAGAUUCAGAGAAAAUAAAUAUAUUUAUAAUAGGAAUUAUUUGUGUUGUAUGCAUAUCAGGUUUAGAACCUAAAUACUUUUAUGAUGCAGAAAAAUGUAUUUUUUAAUAUGGUUUCGCUGUUACAAAAUUAAAAUAAUAUAUCUAAAAGUAAUAAUUACAAAAAUAUGAGUAGAUAUAACUAUUCUUAAGUAUUUGAAUAGAUAAUAAUAUAAUUCCUUUCAUAUAACUCAUUUUAGAGACCAAGCUAUGCAUAAGUGUUAAAUAUGAUAAAUUCUUUUGAUAGUGGUACAAUAGCUGAUCAUUUUUAUGUCAAAUGUUCAUAAUAGCCAGUGUUAUUAAAUACUGCAAAAACAAUAUCAAAGUCAGAUUAAAAAACAGAAAGAAGCCCAGAAUAAAAUAUUAAUAAAAUAGGAACAUUUAAUUCAAAUUCUAAUUCUACACCUUAAACUAUAAAAAUAGCUAAUUUAGUUAGAACAAAACCCAUAAUUUAAUAGUUUUCUUUAACACCAGAACCAAGACCUCUUAUUAAUAGACCUUAAGCAUCAUCACGUUAGAAUUCUUAAAGAACAUAAUCAAGUAAGAGAGCAGAACAAACAUAGAAACCUUCAUUGCCUAAUUAUAGUUACUAUGAUCCUUACAUUGAUUCAGCUCUAAAGAAGAGUAAGGAUUUGUUAAUUUAUCAUAAUCAGAAUUCAAAUUAUGCAAGAUAAUUUAGAACAAAUUCUUCAUCAGUUAGCAAAUAAUAACCUGUUAUGGCAAGUUUAAAUAUUCAAAAUGAAGAUUAUGCAUAAAAUUAUCUUAAUGUUUAGCAUCUUAUCAAAUAAGUAAAUAUAGAAGAAGGAAGACUAAAAUAAUAAUUUUCAAAAAGUUUUACUUAUUAAUGA